AUGCCUCCCUUUUCACUGAAUCUCAACGACCGUGAAGGUGGACUUGCACACAGCGCGAACGACGAACCUGCGGACUAUGGCUUCAUAGUGGUACAUCAGAAAGUUGAGCUCGAAGUUGAUUUCUCAACAAAAACCUUGCGAGGCAAAACCGAAAUUCAAAUUCUGCCACAGACGAAGGAACUUCAAACCAUACACAUUCACGCCCGUCAAUGCUCUAUACCACAGAAAGAGGUUUUGGUCAACGGUCGUAUUGCGUCCUUCUCGUACGAAGACCCCCACAAGAAAUUGGAAGUACCCGAGUAUUAUUCAUGGGAUACAGAAUCGCAUAAAAUGCAAAGGGAUCGAGUGAAGUUCAUGAGUUCGGAUAACAAGCUAGCAGGCACAAUAGAGAUUGAGCUGCCAGGUAGUGUGAAGAUUGAGGAAGUUGAUCCAUUUUCGGACAAGGCAGCAACCCCGGUCACUCAACGUGCUGUUGGUGCGGCUCGCAAUUCAUCUGUUGCCUUGGAAGGAGGUCCAGCUUCUGUUCCUGUUUCAACCGCAAAGACAGCUACAGAGCAAGUUUCUAGAUUUCAACCCUUGACCAUUACCAUUCCCUUCGUUACCACUCGAAUCCGAGACGGUCUGCAGUUUGUAGGGGUUGAAGAAGGAGAUGUGAGAUUUCCUCAUGUCUAUACUAAACAUUCUAUGGAACGAGGCGUGGCAUGCUGUAUCUUCCCCUGUGUCGAUGAUUCGGCGAUGAGAUGUUCGUGGGAUAUUUCCAUCAAAUGUUCGAGAACUCUCGGAGAUGCGCUCAAGCGACGAUCCAACUUCCAAAACCACAAAUCUGGACAUGCCAAUGGGACUUCCGAAAAGAUGGACAUUGAUGAGGUCUUCCUCAGCGAUGAGGAGAAGCUACUAGAGAUGGCAGUGAUUUGCUCUGGGGAACAAGUUGAUGAAGUGAUUGAUUUGGAUGAUAGUUCAAAAAAGAUUGUUUUUUCCAUUGGUCCAUUUGAACAGGUCGACUUGUCAGAGUACAGAGAGGGAGAAGAUGAGGAAAUACUUGGGCAAGGACAGUCCACUGCAAUUUAUGGAUACUGUCUACCUGGGAGAACAGAAGAAUUGAGGAACACUUGUGCACCAUUGGCUCAUACCAUUGAUCACUUUGUACUCAGUUUAGGCAGUUUUCCAUUUUCAGAGUCAAAAUUUGUCUUUGUAGAUGACCAGGUUAAUGACACCGAGCACACUGCAUCACUCUCCAUUUGCAGCAGUCGACUUUUAUUCCAGGAAGACAUUAUUGAUCCGGAGAUGGAUAACAUCAGAAAGCUGGUUCAUGCCAUAGCUAGCCAAUAUAUUGGUGUUAGUAUUGUGCCAGACCAACGCUCUGAUAGAUGGCUGAUUGCUGGAAUCUCCCAUUUCAUGACAAAUACUUUCAUGAAGAAUCUUUGUGGAAACAAUGAAUUCAUGUUCCGCCAAAAGCAAACUUCAGACAGACUUGUUGAGUUGGAUGUUGACAGACCAUCCCUGUUUGCCCUUGGUGAGAUUGUGGAUGUAUGUGAGGCUACUCGAGAAUUUAUGGAGUUGAAAGCACCUCUUGUUCUAUUCAUUUUAGACAAGCGUAUUGCGAAGGCACAAGGAGGUACUGGUAUCUCAAGAGUCAUUUCUAAGAUGAUUGUUAACGCGAAUGCUAUCGGAGGUGCCGAUUCCACGUUAUCGACAGAAGGAUUCCGCAAGAGCUGUGAGAAAAUCACCAAGUACAGAGAUACCGAUUCUUUUUUCAACCAAUGGGUUCUUGGCGCAGGAUGCCCACACUUUACGAUUGCACAAAAGUUCAACAAAAAGAGAUUAUGUGUGGAAAUGACAAUUACACAGACACAGGCAAACACCGAGACGGAACCCAGAUUGCAUAAGGAUGGCUUUUACAGAACUUUCAAGGAAAAGACUAGCGGGGUGACUGCACCAAAGGCCCAGAACACGUUUACUGGACCUCUGACCAUUCGAAUCCACGAGGCUGAUGGCACACCCUAUGAACAUAUCGUUAUGAUUAGAGAGAAGACGUCAAAGAUUGAGAUUCCGUAUAACACCAAAUACAAGCGUCUCAAGCGCAAUAGACGUAUGAAGGAACGUGCAAAUGCAGGUACAGCCAUGGAAAACAAUGCCGAAAAUCAUGACGACGCUCUCAUUUACUGCCUAGGUGAUGUACUGCAGUCACAGCAAGAUAUCCAAGAGUGGGGUUUAAGAGAUUGGGACCCAAUUACAGAAGCAAAGAUGGAAGCAGAAUCAUACGAGUGGAUUCGCGUUGAUGCUGACUUUGAAUGGAUUUGCGACAAGAAGUUCACGGGUAUGGAAGCAUACAUGUAUGUUUCUCAGCUUCAGCAAGAUCGCGAUAUUUCGGCUCAAUACGAAUCCAUGGUAUACUUGGACAAAGCUCCUCCACAUCCACUUGUCGCUACAUUCUUGAUUAGAACAUUGAUGGACCGGCGCUACUUUUAUGGCAUCCGGACAAUGGCUGCAAAGUCUCUUGCUAAGCAUGCGGUAGAAAAGGAUGUCAAGUGGAUAGGUCUUAGCCAUCUCGAAAAGGCUUUCCAGGAGUUCUUUUGCUUCCCAGGCACGAAGAUGCCUAGGUCGAAUGAUUUCUCUGACAAGCAAGCUUAUUGGAUUGACUGCGCCAUUCCAAAAGCUAUGUCAAGAAUCAGAAGCUUAUACGAUUCUCUCUGCCCCAGAAGAGCGCGACAAUUCAUACUUGACCAGCUUCGCUUCAAUGACAACGGAAACAAUGACUACUCGGAUUAUUUCAAGGUUGCGAACCUUUUGACGUCGUUAGCAGACUCGUUGAUUCCAGGUGCUAAGGGCAUGAAUAACGAUGAGCUUCAACUCGACGAUGCCGAAGAAGUUGAUGAACCUCAGAAAUUCCGAGAUAUCGUUUUAGAGGAGCUUGACCGAUAUAGCAGGAUGGAUGAGUGGACAGAUUCUUACCAGAAUAUCUAUACGAUCACAGUCAUAGAGUGCAAGCUGAGAUUGAUGAACGCGGGUGUCAUACCAUUGGAUGCCCUUGACUAUGCUCAAUACCUUCACGAUGGCACUGCUCCACGUGUACGAAUCAAGGCGUUUGAGGCACUUGCCGACCUCGGGUUUUUGAAAAAUACCGCUGUGGCAUGUCUACUCGUGAUUGCCAUGAGUACAGAUCCAUCGCCGUGGGUCCGAAGUGAGCUGACAAAGGUGUUCUAUUAUGGAUUGGGAGUCCUUGGACUUGGCGAAUACAAAACCAAACGAGUUGCUGCCCCUGUGGCGAAGGAUGGCUUAAUAAUUGAAGAAGCUUCCACGGCAGCACGACAGGAACAGGCGGAGCGAAGUAGCAGCAUAAUCGGCGCACUUGCUUCACUCAAGUUGGAGGUUGGAGGAAACACUGAUUUGAAAAAUGCCUUAUGGAAAGCUGUCCUCUCUCCUGUGAUUACCGUGGCAGAACAGAAUGAUUUCCUUGACCUCUGCACCAUGUUUUGUUAUCCUAAAGAGUCUUUGACCUUGAAACUGAAGUAUCCUCGCUAUUGGACCGCCGAGCAUCGCGGCAAGGGUCGAAUGGUUUUCAAACAAACCAAGAAAGUUAGGACUGCUGUCGUGAAAAAAAUUGUUUUCAACAAGAACAAGGCAAUGGCCAUGCCUCACCCACCUGUUGACUUACCUAUUGUCGUCCAACCAUCUCGAGGGCCAACAGAAGAGAGACCAUCGAUGCCGCUUAAGCUCAAGAUAGCUAAUCCAUCAGCUUUUAAGAUUGGCAAUCCAUCUACUCUCAAGAUUGGGAGUCCAUCUGCUCUUAAGAUUGGGACUCCAUCUGCUCUUAAGAUUGGCAAUCCAUCUGCUGGACUCAAGAUUGGCAGCACAUCCUCGGGAAUUCCGAAGCAUUCCGGCUCUUCGGUGCCAUCUGCUGGAGCUCCUAAGCAUUCCAGCUUCUCGGUACCAUCUGCUGGAACCCCUAAGCAUUCCAGCUCUGCAGGGACAAUGAAAUACCCUAGCUCAGGACACAAUUCUGCAGGAACAAUCAAAACUUCUAGCUCAGUGAAACUUUCUAGUUCGUCAGGGGGCAUGAGACCACCCAAACGACCUCUUCCAGCAGAUAUUGCAGAGAGUUCCAAUUCGCUACACAAGGAUAAGAAACAAAGAAAGAUCGUCAAGCUUAAGGUUCCCGGUCACAAGUUAAGGCGUAUCACCUCGGCGCCUCCUAACCCUAAGGCAAAAGUUUCUUCCUCAUCUCAGUUCAUACCGAACCCGAGACCUUCUCCAAGACCUUCUCCGAGGCCUUCCCCAAAACCUUCUUCAGUAUCCACACAAUCGAUCAGAGCCAGUCCUGCUAUUUCUAUCUCAUCUGGUUCGUCGGCUCAUACACCAUCAUUUGCCAAGAAGCCGGCAACUGCACUUUCAGGCGCAGCACCUAUCCGAAAACCCCUUCCUGAAGGCCGAAAACCUUUGCCGGAUUCGGCACAACAUCAUGCACCACCACCCGUUACGGUUACCCCCGCCGAUGUACCUAAGAAGCAGACUAUCAAAAUCAACUUCAAGCCCAAACCUAAACCUUCAUUCUCUUCUUGA